AUGCAGCAAUUACGUCCGCGACCGCUCCCGCUGCCCUAUGCGCAGCCGCAGAGCCAAUCACAGUCGAGAUACGCGUCGCAUUCCCAACGAAUAGACAUUCCUAGUAGGCCGGUUAUGGAAAAGCGCGCGACAUUUCACGACUCGGAGUCGUGCGACGCCACUAAGUCGUUUCGAAAGGCGCGCUGGCAAGAGUUCCAGCAAACUGCAGUGGAUAAGCUUUAUUCAUUAACGUGGGGGCUAGCAGUGCUCGUUUUCACGUCCGUGCCCGGAACGACGUGCCUCAUCGGCGCGCUGCUGCUGCCGUCAACAGCCGUGCUCGCACUUCUCGGCGUGUGGCUCGUUAUAGAGGCGGUGUUCUUCGUGUUUCGUUAUAAGCAACUACAGCGAGUCAGUGACGAGUAUGUGGAGCUCCCGCUCCCGUCGCGCGAGGAAAUCUCGGCGCUCCUCGACCGGGUCCUGGCCGUCGCGAAGCAAGCGGAUUAUAACGACUUCGUGGGGGGAUGGUUCAUGGGUGCGUCUCUCGCGUCUUUAACGCGUACAAACGUUCGCCAGUUCAUCUCGCACGGCUUUUUCCACCGUUUCUACAACGAACUCUCGAGCGAAUACCAAGAAGCAGUCGAAGAACUUGUUGACAGAGCCGAAGCGGACCUAGGGAUGCAUUUUAAAGACCCCGACGCGCCGCCUCCGCCUCCCCCGGACCUGCUGUCCUUCGGUUCCGACAGCGAAGGGGAGAGUGAAGUGGGGGAGGAAGAGAGGGGGAAAAGCGAAAGAGGGGCGGGGGACGAGAGGGCAGAGAGCGAGAGCGAGAGCGAAGCGACGGCACGACCACGGCGUUCCGUCGCCGACGCUGCUGCCGGCGGCUCCGCAAUCUGCGGCCCGCUGGAAGCGGCGGCAAUCGCGGCGUCCUCCAGGAGCCUCGGGCGGAGCUGGAGCGACGCGCAGCUUCCGCGAGCGAGCGGGAGCAGCGCGGAUAGUGGAAAAGGGGAAGAGGAAGAGGCGGGGAGCGGAAGCGGGGAAGACGGAAAGGGGGAAGACGAGGCGGGAUCCGAGUCGGGCGGAAGGCGGAAAAAGAAGGGCGUAGACGAGUCGGUGCGCUUCAUGGCGCACACGCGCGACGCUCCGCGCCAUCAUCCACCCGCUCGCCUUCUACGUCUGGGGCCAUAUCGUCGGGCUCCUCACAGCCGCCGCCAUGCGCACACCUCACCCAACGGCAUUCACUACUGGUUCCGCGCUCCCAAAAAAUCGGCGCCAAAGCGCAAGUCCCACAAGGCAGCAGCAGUGGUGCCGUUUUUCGACGACACGUCAGCAGCAGGCGCCACGUCAGCCGCACCGACCGCGCCGCUGCUUGGCGCGAGCGGGGCCCGCGUGAGAAGAGAGGAGGAGGAGGAGGGGGAGGAGGGGGUGGUGCUGGUCCACGGGCUAGGACUCGGCCUCACUCCCUACCUCUCGUUCGUGCACAUGCUCUCGAGAAGCUACCCGAAAAAGAAGCUCAUUGUGGUGGAGCUGGCACACCUGGCAGUGCGCCUGUCCACGUCAUCACCCACCAUCGAUGACGUGGCAGACGGGCUAACUGACGCGAUGGCAAUUCACGGAAUGCAAUCGGCCAUCUUCGUGGGUCACUCGUACGGCGCUCUCGUGCUCGCGCGGCAAGUGCGCAAGCGCCCCGAAACUGUAAGCGCCAUGGGCUUUGUGGACCCGGCCUGCUUCCUCCUCUGCCUCCCUAAAGUGCUCUUCAAUUUUAUCUAUAAGGUCCCCGGCUCCCCGUCAAUAGGCGACACAAUAGCAGAGGCAGUGAGGUGGUUCCUUUGCGGGAGGGAGCUGCAGGUGGCGCGUGCUCUCUGCCGCGGCUUCAACUGGCACGCGUACCAGGUGUGGGCGGACGAUAUCCCCGUGCAUCGCUCGGUGGUGAUGCUGGCAGGGCAGGACCAGAUUGUGCCGUCCGAGCACAUCAGAAACUACCUGUCCAACACACCAGUUGAUGUGAUGUACAAUGAUGGUUACCACCAUGCGCAAAUACUGUUCAGUGACGCCAAGCAGCCCGCUUAUCUUCCUAGUCAUUUUAGAGCUAUGGCGCUCCGCCGUUCCGCUCUGUUUCUCUGCCUGAUGCUACUAGCGGUCGUGCAUGCUGCUUCAUCAAGCGUACGCGAUGACGUAGGAGCUAUUCGAAUCCGCGGUCAACCCAGGAGUUUGGCACAAGUUGCCCCGUGCCGCGCGUCCACGUUGGGAGGGUACACUUCAUCGGUCGGAUUUAACAGAAAAGGGUUCAACCUCCACUGGAAGGUGACGAGCCGUCAGAGCAUCGAUAUUGCCGUCGAGGCCAAGACCGGCAGCGGUGUCGCAAGGGGCUGGUUCGCUAUAGGCUGGUCCAAGUCCGGCCUAAUGUACCCCGCGGACGCCGUUAUAAUGAAUUUCAAAUCCGACGAGGACGACACUACACCGCCCUUGGGCACAUUCGCGUUGUCGAAGCACGAGGAGUCGGGAGUGAAACCAACAUCGAGGUUCGCUAUAACGAACACGGAAUUCACGUCGAAUACUAGCGCCGGCGUUCUCGUCAGGUUCACUCGGAGCAAGUUCGACGGUAUCGUGCCCGUCAAUUACAACGGCCCGAAUCAGAUCAUCUUCGCAUACGCGCCCUACGGAAGCCAGGAGGUCAAGGGUCACGCCGGCAAGAGGGGAUGGAUUCUUGUCGACUUCUCCUGCAAGCCCGGCUCCGCUUCCGCCUCCGGUUCCCCCGCGCCCUCCUCCCCCUCUAAAGCGCCUUCCGCCACACAAACCCCUUCCCCGGCCAAGUCCCCUUCCCCCGUCAAAUCUUCCCCCAAAUCCCCAAAAUCCCCCCCGAAGUCCCCGAAGCCGUCCCCGCCCCCCCCUUCCCCCCCCGCUGAUGUGAUGAACCCAGUGAGCACCCCCUGUAAGAGCACCUCCGGUAGUAGCAGCAGCUCCUGUAAAGCCUCGACACUGGCUGGUUACACUUCUUAUGUCGACUUAAAUGGCAAAGGACUGCUCCUUCAUUGGAAAGUGACCUCUGAUUCCAGUGUAGCUCUGGCGGUUGAGGCGAAAACAGGCAGCGGGGCGGAGAAGGGGUGGUUUGGCGUGGGGUGGUCAGGAUCGAGCUCUAUGGUCCCUUCUGAUGCCGUCAUUGGUAACGUGAAAGGCCUGUUGCCUGUAGCGAGUUACGCUGUAUCGGGGUACAGUGUGGGCCAAAUCAAGGUCACUUCGCGGUUCGCCAUCGGCCAGCCAGAGCUGCUGACAUCAUCCGAUGGCGUCAUCAUGAAGUUUGGUCGAAGCAAGGCUGACGGGGAAGGCAUAGCGGCGGUGGCAUACAAGGGAAAGAAUAAGAUCAUCUGGGCGUAUUCGGGCAGCGGCUCUCGCACCAUCAACGACCACAAGAAUAACUAUGGCUCCACAACUGUGGAUUUCUCCUGCAAGCCUGCACCGACCAAGUGCUGA